AUUUCAACAAAGAGCCAUCCUUCGUUUGUGAUCUAAGGGAGAACAAGUGCCAGCGAAUACUUCGCGACGAUACACCGUGUGUCCGUCCACGCUCGUCGAAUAUAAAUCUCUGACUGAAACUCUUGCAAACGCCGUACACUUGUCCAGUCACAGAUUGACCAUGCAUUUUACCUCCUUCUUUAUUAAUAUAUAUAUAUAUAUAUCCGGCUGGUAUAUUACAACGAUACGUUGUACUCCAUUUUCACGAACUCUCGUCCUCUUUUCCAAGAUUGAAGUUUACAUUUAUCGAGAUUGCAAAUGCGAUACGUGCUCGCGCAACGAACGCCUGUCUAUUACCGUUCGUGUUGCAUUUUGGAAGAGAAUUAUUUGCUACUGUCCACUCGUGCGUAAGUCUUAACGUAAGUCUUUAACAUUUGUAAUAAAUCGCGAACGACACGAUAGACCUGUUUCCCUCAAAAUCUUCCGCGAUGUUUCACGAAAUGGUCCGUCAAGACUCUCGCAUUGCUCUCUCUUUGUUCACGUCGGAGGGAUUUUUAAAAUACAUCUUAAAGUCGUCAAUGAAAACGACACGAUUUACACGGUUCAACGCAACUUACAUUUUCACGUAGCGAUCCGUCGUCACAAUGGAGAACGUCUUCGUCGAAAUGGAAGCGAGAGAACACAGGCUGAGAGAGCACUCAAACGCGGAGACCAGCGGGAAUCGGCGAGAUCAGUUGUACUUUGCGCAUAUUCAGUGCUCAAUUGCAAUAAACGUUCCCCGCGUCCCGUUCUUUCUCUCUUGGCACCCCGCAUUUAUGUCCCAUCAGCGUCUAGGUUUUUUACCACGAACUCGCGAACGAUUCCUACCGAUAGGAUAUAGUUCUUCGCGACGGGAAUUUGUAUUAGCGAGGAAAUUAUACGCAGUCGCGCAAGACGCUAAAUCGCUCGCUGACUCAGAAGAAAGAUAUGUGAGGGAUAAUGCCCUGUGUUUUUUCCUUCUCUCCAUCGGUAUAAGUUUAAUGCGAUUUAUGAUGCGACUAUCUGAGGUAUAAUUAUAAUUGAUUCGCCUGAAAGGAAUAGCCUGUACUUCGUCGUCUCCGCUACGAUUACUCCAGUACUUUAGCCGUCAUUAGUCGCACAGCAUAUUGAACGACAUGCACGUACGCUUCGUCAGCGGUGUCGCCUUCGCGCUCGUCGAUUUGUAAGCUUUAGUGAUAAACAAAAGGGAUGAAGCGCGUAAGCACCGUCAGUCGUACGGUGGAGGUCUGUCUUCGUUUGGUCGGUGUGUGGCCGGACUCGGCUUAUGCAAAUCUCUAUUGGCUCAGUUAUAUGACGUCGAUCGUGAUAGUGCAGUAUUAUCAGUACGCGUACGUGCUCGCGCAUUUUGAGCUCAGCGACUUCACGAUCCUCAUCGAUUGUCUCAGUCUUACCUUGGCGUACUCCCUCGCCUUUAUCAAGCUCUUCGUUCUCUGGUGGAAUCGCCGGAUAUUUCAUUAUCUAUUGAAGGCGAUGGAUCGAGAUUGGAGAGAGUGCGAUUUCAAUGACUCGUAUCUGUCGACAAUGAUGAGUAUGGCGGACAUAGCGCGUCGUUUUUCUAACGUAGUUUUCACCCUCAACGCCUCUGUCGCAUUCUUUCUUUCAAUCGGAGAGCAUUUCGUUCAGUCGAUGAAUGAGGACAGUCGAUCCGCCAAUAGCACCCGGGAGCUUCCGAUCAAGAUGGAGUUCCCAUUCGAGGUCAGCAAGUCGCCCAUUUUCGAGUGCUUUUUGAUUGGUCAGUUUCUCUACGAUCUGGUGAUCGCCUGUGUGGUCGGUAUGGUGAACGCGUUGCUCGUCUCUUUGGUACUACAUGUAAGCGGUCAAAUCGAUAUUAUGCGGCAGGAUCUGGCCGAAUUUUUCCACAACAAAUCCGAUCCCGAUACAUUCUUUAUUAUUAUCAAAGAUCUUAUUCGCAAGCAUCAGAAUAUUAUCGCUUUAUCGGAGAACAUUGAAAAUCUAUUUUCAUCGAUCGCGUUGAUGCAGAUCCUGUGGAAUAGUGUUGUGAUGUGUUGCACUGGUUUUGUGAUCAUUAUUACCAUUGAUAACGACAUAGGUCUAACGGGUUUGCUUAAGUCUGUGAGUUAUUAUAUGGCGAUUACACUGGAGGCUUUCGUGUUCUGUUUCGCUGGCGAAUUUUUGAGCGCCAAGAGUAAGUCGAUUGGCGAUGCGCUGUAUGAGUCACUAUGGUACAAUAUGUCGCCGAGCAACAGUCGGAUUGUAUUGUUCAUGAUAUUGAGAUCUCAAAAGCGAUUGACGAUUACCGCGGGGAAGGUCAUUGAUUUGACCUUGGAAGGCUUUACAAGUAUUAUGAAGGCUUCUGUCUCCUAUAUAUCAGUAUUAAAUGCCAUGUACUGAAUUUGGAAUUUUAGACGACAAUAAUGUGAAUAUAUUAUUUCAUGAUGUUUUGUAUGCAGUCUCAUCAGUUUCAUCAGUCGAUUGACUGAUUGACAAUCAAA